AUGCAUGCGUGCCAUCUAGUUGCACUCGCUCAAGAUUUUCUACCAACACCGCCUCAGUCGCCACCUCCUCCUGAUUUUCUACCAACUCCACCUCAGUCGCCACCUCCUCCUGAUUUCUUGCCACCUCCUCCUGAUUUCUCGCCACCCCCACCUGAUGUCGUACCAUUGGAUGAUGAUGAGGAUCCAGAGUCAGAAUUUAUGGACGUGAGUGGGCGUUACUAUCGUACGUAUCAUUCGCUCAUCAAUGGGGAACACCCUGAGCACGAUACUCCUCUGUGGAUGGGCAAAGACUAUGAAGUUUGGUACAGAGACCCCUGUGUGAUGGCACACAACAUGUUGGCCAAUACCACCUACAAGGGUGAGAUUGACUAUGCGCCAUUUCGAGAGUAUGAUUCAUCAGAUGAUACACGCCGAUGGAAAGACUUUAUGUCUGGAGACUGGGCAUGGCAACAAGCCGUAUGUAUUCGAUGCAUUUCUUAUAACUCGGGGCAUACCAACAUUUAUCAGGACAAGUUAUCGAAGGAUCCGAACACACAUGGAUCAAUGUUCAUCCCAAUAAUCCUUGGGAGUGACAAGACCACUGUAUCUGUGGGCACGGGUAAUAACAAAUAUUACCCCUUGUAUGCCUCGAUCGGCAAUGUGCACAACAAUGUGCGACGCGCUCAUCAUGAUGCUCUCGUUAUCAUUGGUUUCCUCUCUAUACCGAAAACUACAAGGAAAUAUGCUCACGGCGAUUCAUUUCAUCUAUUUUGCUGCCAGCUUUUUCACUGCUUGCUAUCUGCAAUUCUUUCCACCCUGAAGCCUGCGAUGACCGAGUACGAGGUCCUGUGUUGUGCAGAUGGUCAUUUUCAACGCAUUAUAUUUGGCCUAGGACCUUAUAUAGCUGACUAUGAGGAGCAACUGGUGCUAUCUUGUACCGUCAAAAACUGGUGCCUGAAAUGUCUUGCACAUUGGGGUGACCUGGAUAAUGGUGGUAUCCCACGCACUCGAGAGCAUACAGAUCUCCUCGUACGUGAAAACAUAGACUCAGAUACAUUGUGGCAUGAAUUUUGUAUCGUUAGCGUUCUCGUCUUGAUAUCCUUUGAUCUCCUCCACCAGCUAGUCAAAGGCACUUUCAAGGAUCAUCUUGUGGAUUGGGUACUAAAGUAUCUCAAACUUAUGCAUGGGACCAAACUAGGAGAAGAGAUCAUGAGUGACAUAGAUCACAGGUACUGGAUGGGUAACAAUUCCAAGGCCCUCAUGAAGGUUUUCAUUCCGGCUAUUGAAGGCCAUGUACCUCAAGAUAUGGUGCGCGCGUUUUGCGUGCUUUUAGAAUUUUGUUAUAUUGCACGACGCAAUGUAAUUACCGAAGCCUCUCUGGUUCAACUCAGUGAUGUGCUCACUAGGUUCCACCACUACUGCCAGAUUUUCGAAACCACAGGCACAGUCCCUCACUUCUCAUUACCUCGUCAACACUCAAUGAUCCACUAUGCGGACAUGAUCUGGUUGUUUGGUGCGCCAAAUGGAUUAUGUUUGUCGAUCACGGAAUCCAAACACAUCAAGGCGGUGAAGGAACCUUGGUGGUGGUCUAACAAGCACAACGCCCUUGGUCAAAUGCUAUUGACUAACCAAUGGCUUGAUAAACUCGCAGCAAGUUGCUGGGACUUUGCUGCUCGUGGGAUGCUCGUUGGCUCUGUGUUAUCAAGAGCCGUGGCUGCUCUCGAACAAAAUUGCAUACGGACUGUAGCAGAACUAGCGGAUGAGGUCGACGUACCUCACCUGCGACACUUUAUCCGGUACUUUCUGUUCUCUCAACUCUUCCUGAACGAUCCCCGCAACCCGGAGGAUGUCCCUGCUGCUAGCUGUCCUCGGCAUGAAGGUGGACUUUAUGUCUUCAAUUCUGCAGCCGCAACAUUCUAUGCCCCAAGUGAUCCCAGUGGCAUCGGCGGCAUGCAACACGAACAGAUCCAAGCUUGUCCACUCUGGCGGAACGUCUCUCCCCAUAAUGAUUACCUUGAAGGGAUGAAAGGGCUCAAAGUUGCAAGAGCCAAAUGUUUUUGUUCUUUCAAGUUUGAUUGGGUCACAUAUCCAUGUGCCCUUGUUCAGUGGUUCGACAAGGUCAGUGACUGUGCAGACGAGGAUACUGGCAUGUGGAUAGUCUGUCCAAGUGUUUAUGACGACGGCACCCCAAACUUCGCCAUCAUCCAUAUCGACACAGUUUACCAUGCAGCACACUUAAUCCCUGUCUAUGGUCCCGACUUCAUCGCUGAUGACAUCAAGUACUUUCAUUCUUAUGAUGCAUUUCGCUCAUUCUAUGUUAAUAAAUUUGCUGAUCACCAUGCCUUCGAGAUCGCGUCGUGA